AUGUCCGAACGUUUGACAGAAUUUAAUCAGGCUGUCCAGACACCGUUACCGCCUUCAAGCGUAUCAUUCAAUAUCAGUGAAGUGGAAGUAAACCUAGAUGAGGAAGGGUAUGAAUUGCAGGACCUCAGUCUGAACGAGUCCCGGACCACGUCUAUCGAAAGUCUUCCACAACGAAAUGUUUCUGAGCUUGCUCCCACGGGUGGAGGAUACAAGGCCUGGUCAUUCCUAGCAGCAUCGUUCGUCGUCCAGGCCGUAGUGUGGGCCUUCCCUACCUCGUUCGGUGUACUACUCAGUGCAUACCUACGUGAUGCCGAAUUCGCAUCACAAUCAAAUGCAUCGGCCAUACUUCCUUUGAUUGGAACAUUUUCUUCCGGGAUUGUGCACAUUCAUAUAUCCAUUCCUGCAUCGCUAUCCGAAGCAGCGACGUACCUGUGUCUAUGUUGGCCUUCUGUUGUGCUUUUCCAGCCUCUUUGGCGCUAG